AUGACUGUGCUUCGUUGGGCGCACCCACCCGGUUUUACGGCCACGGAGGCUGACGAGUUCCGGCAACCUGAGGCCGAUCGGAUCAGAGCGGUCCCGGUUCUCUUGAGCAGUCGAUCGAGGUCGGCGGCGUACGAUGCUGACCCGGAGGACUUGUUGGAUCAGCACGUGGCGUACUAUCUGCGGCAUCACAAGGAUGUGGCCGCCCAACACUCUGUGAACCGUCUUUGCCCAGGUGUUUAUGCCAUCGAUGAUCGUGAAGUGCGCGUCGAGUGGCAGCACGCCCUGGAGCCGGGCGGACAAGGCUUCCUGGUUGUUGUGGAUGGGCCCUUGCGGCAGCCCUUCGCCGGAGCCUUGAGCCCUUCCCUCUCAUUGCCAAGCGUGGCUUUCAACGACGAGGAAGAGCCGGACCUGGAGGACCACAGGCUCAACGAGGCCAGAGAUAGGCAUCCGGCCUUCGUGCCUUACCGCACCCCCCAGCCAGCCAUGGCGCGAACCCUCCUGCUGGCCUUGGCCGUGAUGGCCUCGGGUCAACAGGCGGAAAAGGCGGAGUCAAAAGACGAAGGUCCGUUGGACGACGUGACGUGGACCUGCGCCUCGCUCUUGAUCGGCUCCGUGGUGCUCUCCGGCUUCUUAGCCGGCCUGCUCCGUUGGAGCAACAAAGAUAUCAGGAAGGAGGCCUGGGCCAUGGUGAACACGACCAUCUCGACCUUCUGCGCCGCUGGCAUCGACUUUGGCGGGUAUCGGUUCAUCAACUAUGUCAGCAGGUUGGCUAUGUUGGUUCUCUCAGAGAAGCAACCGGAAGCUCCAGAUGACAGCUGGUGGUUUCUGAGCCUGGUUUUUUUGUUCACGUGUUUGGCGCCCCUGAUCCUCUACUACCGACUUCAGUCCAUCGAUGAAGAUCAGCAUCAAAAGUUGUUCGCCUGGAGCACCCUGGGUGGCCACAUUUGUGCUUUCCUGGCUGUCUUGUAUUUUGGCCAUCUGCAGGAGGCGAAGGCAAAGGUCCACUUCGAAGGCUGGCUGCCUGGCAUCCCCCUUUCAAUCUGGGUUUGGCUUCUGCCUCUGCUUGCCUUCGUCUUCUUUGACCUGGUCAUGAAGCUCAUCCGCUGCCUGGCGAGCCAGGAUCACAAGCACAUGCAAGCCCAUCAAGCCGAGGACGCCUUAACGGAUGCAAGUGCCAUCACCGUGUCCUUCCUGCUGGUGCAGGCUGUGUGCUACCACAUGAGCACCGAAUGUGACCCGUGCUACGGCUCGGGAGAUCCUGAGUGUGAUAAGGAACCCAGCAUGGAAUGCGAGGCACGGCGAUUCAUGCCCAUCACGCAUGGUGAGUUUGGGAAUCACAUCGAUUGGUGCGUUGGGUGGCUCGUCCUUCUUGCCCUGGUUGCCUGUGGACUGAUGGUGGCCUCCAUCUUGUGCUCCCUCCGAGCGCAGCGAGCAGCGAAAGAGGAGGGUCCGGAGGGUCCGGAUGGCUGCGGCUUCUGGCCGAAAUGCAUCCGCCAAACUUUGCCAGCCACGGCCGCGUGGUGCGCGCAGCGUGCCGGAGUCAUCGGCCUCUAUGGCGGCAUAGAGGACCGGAUGAAUUGGUACUUGCAUUUUAAAUGCAAGGAGGAAAAACUUGCAUGUCCAACUGAAACCAUGCAGCCGCACCAAGCCGCCCACCGCACACAGAUGGCGAACGCCUGGUUCAUGUCAGCAAUUGCGCUGAUCGGCGUGUUUGCCGGCGUCAAGCUGGCAGAUUGGAUCAAGAACAAGAUUCGUUUCUUUGUGCCCGAAGAAGAUGCGGAGCGGGACGCAGAGAGCGGGAGCGAAGAGUCGGAGUCGAAGAACGUGGCCAAGAGCGUGCGGAAAGCGGUGACGGCUUUUGGCAUGCUCAUGGGCAUUUGUUGGGAGAAGGCCUUUGACACGGCUUUUGAGACCAUGCUGGACAAGAGGGCUCUCGGCAUCCUGUUCAAAAACACCUCGUUGGAAAGCCACUUUAAUGAAAGACAUAAUGAUGCACACAUGUUCGGUGCGAUUGUGAGUUUCGUAUUGUCGAUCGCUGUCGUGUACCCAUGGUACCACUACAUGGUACCUCGUGCCAUGGCAAAGAAGAAGGUACACUCUCAGGAACUGAAGCUUGAAAGACGCUACCGACCCACCAUGCCCAAGGAAAGAACUCCGGAUCAUCGUCUCGGUUUGUCCGACUCUUCCGACUCCUCUGAGUCAGAUGAGUCGGACAUGGGCUCAAGGGGCCUAGUUGUUGCAGUCAGCACGCGGUAA